AUGUUGCAGACCCUGGAAGUGUACCUGUUCCCGAGGUUCGAGGCGCUGGAGAGCGGCGCCACGCCCAACUACGCCGAAGUCCACGCCUACCUCCGCGACGGCAUCGCGCUCGACUACGUGCCCGAGUACCGCGACCACGUGCCGCUGCCGCCGCACCCCGACCGGCUCCUCCCGACCCCCGACCCCGACUCGCCCCGCUCGCCCCCUAGGAGCGAAUCACCCGACUCGUGUGAAUCUAUCACGAAAGCCCUCGACCGUUCUCCGACUUCUUCCGAGACCUGCGCCUCCACCGACGACACCGAAUCGACGUCCGAGUCCGGUGUUCCUGUAACAAUUCCGUCGCUUCUUCCGGAGUCUCUCAAAUCGCAAUCUUUGCAGACCGAAACGGCCUCGCCCUCGUCACCGCCUCGCCCCACCGAGCGGCCUGCGCCGGCUCUGCUCCCGACUCCGACGUCGUACCUGUCGCCGUACGCGCCCGCGUACGUGCCCGGCGCGCCGUACCGCGGCCCGUACCCCCCCUGCCCCCCGCCGUACGGAAGCCCCGUGAUGCCUCUGCGGCCCCCCGGCGUCACCUUAAGCUUGGGCGAGUGCGAAACCUAUCGCGCCUUGAGCCACGUGAACCCGGCGGCGGCGCACUGGUUCAUAGUGGGUGCCAUGGGCCGAGCCACCGCCGUCGCCUCCUACGGUGCCCCCCCGCACUGCCCUAUGCCGCCCCCGGCGCGUGCACCCCCGCCCCCUCACGCGUAUCCCCAGCCGAGGCUCCAGCUGCAGGUCAACACCUCCGUAAAUGUUAUCACGCUUACAUAUUAUGUGGUCACAUACAGAAGGACGGCGUCUAAAUGUCAACGGGCGGAAAAGGAGGUGCCGGGGCGAAGGCGCUCGGCGGUAGGCGAGUCGGUGGGUGAUAUGCAAGCGGCGCCGGCGCGCUACGUUUCAGUGAGCGAACUCUACUCGACAGACGAAGUGGAGCUGCUGCUGGACGAGAUAAGGGAGCUGGAGCCCACGAGCUGUCGCGGCGAAGACCUGCAGGACUUCGAGAUAGCGGGGAGCGGGUGUGGCGGGGGCGGGGGCGGCGGCGGCGGGCGCUCUCCGGCGGGCACGGAGCUGACGGAGCACUCGUGGGACAGCCACGCGCAGUACCGCCGCGUGCCGCUGCCACACCCGCGCCCUCUGGCGCCGCUCUACUGCCGCUUGCGACACCUGCUCACGCUGCAAGGGGCCGUCAGCGCCUUCCUCGUGCUGUGCUGCACGAGCUCGUGCGCGUGCGUGUGGGCUGGCGUGGGGCGGGGCGUGGCUCGCAUGCCGUUGGCGUCGCGGCUGCAGCUGCUGCUGCUUGCGGCGCUGUCGUCGGCGCUGCUGCACGCCGCGUUGCUAGUGAUGCACAUAACGCGACUCAGUGCGCUGCUGCCGCUCGACUGGAACAAGCUGGGCGCGUGGACGAGCGCGUGGAGCGCGCUGUCGCUGGGCGCGGGCGGCGCGCUGACGCUGCACGCGGCGGCGCUGGCCCCGGCCUACGCGCGCGCGGCGCCCGGCCUGCGCUCGCUGCUGCUGGCGGGCGCGGGGCUGGCGCUGGGCGCGGCGCUGGUGGGCGGCGCGCUGGUGACGCGCUCGCUGCGCGCCUGGGCCCGCGCGCGCCGCGCCUACCUGGCCGUGCCGCAGGCGCCGCCCGACUCCGCGCCGCUGCCGUCCACGUCGCGCGACGACCCGUUAUAG